AUGAUUUCCAGAACAUUGAUACUCACUAUUUCUUCCUUGACUUUUGCUCUUGGAAACAGCUGCAAAGCCCCAGAACCAUAAGCAGGCUUCACACACGAGACUUACUCUGGCGUUUGGUAUGAAAUUGCCAAGUUUUAAACUGCAGGUGGAGCCUUUUGGGAAAAGGAUUGUGUCUGUACUCACCUUAACGUGACAACCAAUGAAUAAAAUGUCUUUUAAGCAGACAAUAUUUGCAAUAAUAAAGUCCCAACUGGAAAAAUUACUUCAGUAGUUGGUAAACUAAUCGAUGAGACCCCAAAUCACCCUGGUAGAUUUAAGCAACAAAUAUUCUCAUUUCUUCCUCCUGUUGAUUAUACAGUUCUCUACCUAGGCAAUUUCACAAAUGACUAGGGUGAAGUCGAAGAAUACAGCGUCGAGUACGACUGCACUGAAGGAUUCCUAACUGAAUACAACUAUUGUGUGCACUUCCUAUCAAGAAAGCCUACUAUGUCUAAAUAACUCCUAGACAAGUUAAUAGAGGACAUAACUAAACUUAACCUCAACGAUGAGAAUUUGGAUUUAACAAUUUCCUAAUAAAAUGGAUGCUGGAAUAAGUCAUCAUCUUCAACACCCACUGCUGUUGAUUCUAUUAAUAUGAUUAGUGAGAUAAUUUAAUGA